UUGAGUUCCCUCGCGUCUCGCAACUUCUAUCCUCCACUCCUUCGAGGCCUUAUCGCCAUCUCUGCCACCAUGCUCUCCGCUCGACUUGCCCGCGCCGGCCUCCGUGCCAUCGCCCAGCAAUUCUCCGUUCCUCGCACUGCCGCCCUCAAUGGCUUGAGGACCUAUGCCACCCCUGCCAAGGAUGUCCAGCCUCCUGUGGCCCUCUUCGGCGUUGACGGCACCUAUGCCACUGCUUUGUACACUGCCUCGGUCAAGACCUCUAGCCUCGACCAGACCUCUAAGGCCAUCGCUAGCCUGGGCAAUGUCUUCCACCAGGACCCCAAGCUCAAGACCAUCAUCGGCGCCCCCACCCUCUCUGCUAGCGACAAAGAACAGAUCAUCGCGGAAUUGGAGAAGGUGACCGGCAGUGAAUCGAACGAGAUUAUUAAGAACUUCCUGCAGACCCUCGCGGAGAACAACCGAUUGGGACUGCUUGCUGAUGUCAGCGAGAAGUUCGCGACUCUCAUGAGCGCCCAUCGUGGUGAGAUUGAGCUUAACAUUACCAGCGCCCAGGAGCUCGACAACAAGACCAUCUCCCGUCUUGAAAAGGCCGUCGCCAAGUCCGAGUUCAGCCAGGGCAAGAAGCUCAAGGUCGUCACCAAGGUCAACCCCGAAAUCGUUGGUGGACUUAUCGUCGAGAUCGGCGACCGCACUGUGGACCUCAGCGUCUCGUCCAAGCUUGCCAAGUUCAACAAGACCCUCACGGACGCUUUGUAAAUAGAGAAUUAAGAGCAAAAGCCCUUGUACGAUGUGAGGAAUGAGAAGGGUUGUUUCUUGUUUCUUUUGAGUCCCCAAUUGAUUCUUGGGGUUUGGAGGAGCAUUGUUUACCUGCCCUAUUUCUUUUUUCUUUUUCUAUCUUUCUGAUAAAUAUAUAUGGUAACUGUAUCCA